AUGAAUGCCAACUCCAACAUCAGUCUCUGCCCUGUUUCCUCAGAUGAAGAGAAAAUGGACACAAACAGAAAUGGGGAAGAACAAGAAAGGAAACUCGAAAGGGCCACAAAAAGAAUUCGCUUUUGGAAGUUGUUAACUGUAGCCACAUGUGCACUGGCAAUAGUUUUAGCGGCUCUCUUACUGUGGAAGACAGCUAAAAGCAAUACCAGUGACAAGAGCAGGACAACACAAGCGCCUUGUAAAGCAAAGAAUGAAACAACACUGUCUUCAGUGCAAGCCCGUUGCCCUCGAAUACCAACGGUUCGCCCUUUAACAACUCCUUUGCCUGCCGAGUUAAAAGGUGUCUUCAAGGAACUAGACAUCCUUUUGUCGAAAAUGGUAGACGAGAAAACAUCACUUCCUGCAAUUUCGGCGGACGUCUUUUACGGACAGUCUCUUCUCUGGAGCGGUCAUUUUGGUAGUAAAUUUUCCAAUUCAACUGACAACACGAAACCCAACGGCAACACGGUGUAUCGUAUCGGUAGCGUCACCAAGGUAUUUCCAGUGCUUUUGAUUUACAAACUGUUUGAAGGAGGAACAAUAGGAUCUAUUGACGACCCUUUGAACAAGUAUUUUCCAGAGUUUCACAUAAAAAAUCCGUUUACUAAUGAGAACAUUACAAUGAGAGAAAUAAUUUGCCAGAUGUCUGGCCUCCCGCGCGAAGCUCCUUGCCGUUAUCACUGUGAAGAGACCAACUCCAAGGAGCAACUCGCGCAACUCCAGAACAAAAACCUCUUGUUUCCUCCUUGGAAAAAGCCUUCUUACAGCAAUCUAGGAUUUGCGCUGCUUGGCAGACUGAUUACAGAAAACUUGCUUAACACAACAUUCGAAAAGUGGGUUCAAGGAGAAAUCCUUGAGCCGCUUAAGAUGAAUAACACCGGAUUUGAAAUCACUUCCAUGGUUGAAGAAAAUCUGGCAUUUCCCUAUGGUCACCAAGGAAAAAGGAUACCUUUCAGCAAGCUUGGUUGGGCAUCCCCCGCUGGAGGCAUGUACUCCUCUCUUAAUGACUUGACAAAACUAGGAAUGAUGUUUACCCGGCCAAGCAACCAAACCCUCUUCAAGCCAUCAACUGUUCGCCAGAUGGCAUUGCCAGUAGAUAUCGCUCCAGAUGGCCUCACUCUCUGGGGAUCGCCUUUCGAAAUGGUUUUCUCCAACGGUUAUCUGGUCCGAGGUAAGGGAGGAAACAUUGACAGCUACGAUGCUUACUUCUCGUUUGUGCCUGAACUUGAGCUAGGAAUAAACAUUUUGAUGAGCGGUAGGUCCAUUAGCCUGUCCGCCUCGGAAUUUGGCAGAGAGGCUUACACCAAGCUUCUUCCAGUUCUCAACAGAACGCUAUUUAACUUGGAAGAAACUGCGGUCUUUCCAAUUGAUUCCAAGGCGUUCACAGGUUGGUACAUCGUAAAUCAAACAAGCUUUUUUACAAUGGAAAUUUUUCGAUACAAUGCAACCAUUACAGAAAGAAACGGUGUCCUUCUUUUCAAAGGCCUUUCUCAGGUAGCGUAUCCUUUCGCCAUACGAUACAUAGGAGAUUCGUCCACUUUCCAAGCCGAGUUUUUGAGUCCUGGGAUGUCUUGCUUCACGGAAAGAGCCGGGAUAUUCGCUGACAUUCAUUUCAGUCCCCCAACCCGAGAUGGCCUGUCCCAAGGGUUCAGCCUACCACAAUGGGGAAUUGUUGGACAUAGGAUAGAGGAAGAACAUUAA